AUGGGAGGAGAGGUGAGAGGAGAGUUGGAGGGAGGAUGGGAGGAGAGGAGAGGUGAGAGGAGAGUUGGAGGGAGGAUGGGAGGAGAGGUGAGAGGAGAGUUGAAGGGAGGAUGGGAGACGAGAGGUGAGAGGAGAGUUGGAGGGAGGAUGAGAGGAGAGGUGAGAGGAGAGUUGGAGGGAGGAUGGGAGAGGAGAGGUGAGAGGAGAGUUGGAGGGAGGAUGGGAGGAGAGGUGAGAGGAGAGUUGGAGGGAGGAUGGGAGGAGAGGUGAGAGGAGAGUUGGAGGGAGGAGAGGAGAGGAGGAGGAAAGAGGAGAGAGGGAGGAGAGAAGUAUAAAUUAUGGGAUGAGAGGAGAGAUGAGAGGAAGAGGUAGAAGAGGUGAGAGGAGGGAUGAAAGGAGAAGAGGUAAGGGAAAGAGGCAAUGUGAGGAGAGGAAAAUAGGAAACAGGAAAGGUGAGACAAAGCGAGAAAGAUGUUAGGAGGUGAGAUAAAAGAUAUAGAGCCAUAAAUUAUCCCAUGUGGUCAAGUAGUACACUAUAGGGAUUCAUAAGGAUAUUGAGAUGUACAACAGCUUUUUUGCAUUGCCAGGGAGACGGAUCUGUGGCACCAGCUGGAGCAAGCGGAGAAGGAGGAGAACAGGGCCUCUCGCUACGGCCACAAGGGCAGAAACAACAAUAACAACACCCAGGAGAAGACACUGCCACCAUCGGACCACCAGGACCCUUCAAUGUGUGACCAUAGGAGACCCAGCUGGUGCGGAUUGUGUGUGUGUGUCUGCGUCGGUAUGUCUUCUGUAUGUCUGCAUCUGUACGUCUGCCUUGCGAAGCUCAAUGUCGUUGUCUCUGUCCUCUCCAUAGGUGCCAUCAGUACCCCUAUGCGCUGAGUGGUCCAGCCCCAGCCUCCACCUUCGACCCAGCCCUCAACUCAGCUCCUCUCCCCUGCAGAGGCUACGACCAGCCCAUUCUCCCGCACUCAGGCCUGUACCACAACCCAGAUCUGCCACACAAUCCUGGCCUACUUCUAAACCCCAUCCCACCCCAGUAUCCAGGUCCAACUCGGACCGUGGGGUACCAGAACCCAGAGGGACCCCAUCGCUCAGGCUUGGCCAGGCUGUAUGGAGGACAGGAGGGCAGUGUGUCCGUGAUGAGCACUCCACUUCUGGAGGAGUGGAGUGCCCAGGAGCGCCCCAUACGGGUCAUAUCCGUGUGAGGUCACAACCAGGAAGUGACUGGACAUAGACCACAGGGGCAUGGAUAAACUGAACAUCAACCAAGAAACUGGAUCCAAAAGGGAGAGGACCACCUCAAUGGUGACCAAGCCUAUGCCAUUAUUAACCAGGCACCAAUGACUGAAUAAUUAGGGGAUGCUCAUAUCGUCCUGUUUCACUGUAUGUACGUGUGAAAUGGAAAUGUGUUUUUUGCAUAUCCCACUCCCCCUGAGACACCCUCGGAGAGUAGGGUCACAGCCAGGGGAUCAGCCAUUAUUGACAGCUACCCUGGAGCAAUUAGGAUUAAUUGCCUUGCUCAAGGGCAGAAUGACAUAUUUUUACCUUAUCGGCUCGGGGAUUCAAUCCAGCAACUUUUCGGUUACUUGCCCAACACUCCUAACCGCCAGGCUACCUGCCGCCCCGAAUAUUGCCGGACUAAAUGAACAGUUGAAUGAUCACUUGACCAUUUGUUUACACGUUUGACAUUGACCUGCGGUAGACAGUGGUGUACUGCAGUUUCACGAGGCCCCCCUCUGCAAUAUCCGCAAGGCCCUUCCUGCAAUUCAACACAUUUUACCAUGGGGCAGAGAAUUUGUUUCGCUGUUUUAAAGCUAAUCUCAUUCUAUUCUACACAUUUUGCCAUUAUGGCUGAGAGAAAAUGUUGCAGAUUUAAAUCAAAUUUCCUACAAUUCUACACAUUUUGCCAUGGGGCAGAGAGAAAAAUUUGCAGUUUUAAAGCUAAUCUCAUGCAAUACAUGGCUUAUCUGGGCAAGGGUGGGGGGGGGGGGGGGGCAACCUCCAGGGUUGGGGCUGCGGGGGUGUGUGGUACACCAGUGGCGGAAGACCAUUCAGGGACAAAGCAGCAUUUUUAGCUUGAAUCAGACAUGUGCCUUAAACACAGACCCUAUCCCUCUGGACACUGCCAGAAGCCGAGAGUUGUGGAGGACAUUCUUUAAUCCAUAGGAAUCACUUAUUGUGUUGCUGCCUGAUUUCACAGUGUUCUUCCGGGAAAUGUACAGUAGUAAACAUGUUCAGUUCUGAAAUAUCCUAUAUUUCUGAGCAAUGAAAUCUAGUAAAAAUGCUUCUGGAAAGAAUCCUUAAAACGUUGUACAGUAUUCUGCAUUUGUAGGUUUGAUGCUACUGCUUUGUUGGAUCCAGGGAUAGCAUGUGUAGGGCUAGAGUUCCCAAUCCUGUUGUGUACAGUAUGUGAUGGUACUUCAUGGUACAAAUAACUGUUACAUGUUAUUCUGUACUAUUGGAAUGAAAAGGGAAUUUUCUGAGACUCUUUUAUUUUCCUACACCAUACUGACAAUGAUGGUACAUUGUGCAAGUUGUACAAGUCCCACUGCAGAUGGAUUGACAAUUAAUCAUUUAAUAAAUUAUAUAUUCUUGAACUUUUCCAAUUUAUGAAACAUUUAGUGUCGACCCCUGUGAUGUCAUCAGUUAGGAAUAAGAUUGUAAGGGAGUUUGGCAAGGAAAUAGAAUCCAACCUGAAUAGUAGACUACAUUUGAUCUCAGUCACCACCUAGUUAGGAAGAGAGGUUUGCCAUUAAUAAAAUAACAAAUUAUUGAAAGACCUGGACUCAGUGGUAGACGUAACAUAGUCAACGAAAAUCUGUGACACUCCAUUUAGUAUGAUAUGUUACGUUUGGUAUGGUAUGUAUUAAUUUGUGGAUGUCCAUCAUCCAUUUUGUGUUAUAUGUUACGAAUUACAAUUUGUAUGAUAUGUUACGAAUAACAAUUCAUAUGAUAUGUUACGAAUUGCAAUUUGUUGUGGCUAACGUUAGCUAGGAGGCUAAUGCUAACUUUAGCUAGGAGGCUAACGUUAGCUAGGCUAGGGGUUAGGAUUAAGGUUAGGGUUAGGAGUUAGGUUAAAGGGUUAAGGGAAGGGUUAGCUAACACAUGCUAAGUAGUUGCAAAGUUGCUAAAGUUGUCCAUGAUGAGAUUCAAACACGCAACCUUUUGGUUGCUAGACAUUUGCAUUAUAUAGACUUUUGCAUUAAAUGCCCACCCAUCCACCCUUCACAUACCAAACAUAACAUACUAAUUUGAGUGUCCCAGAUUUUCGUUUACUAUGUCACCUCUAGUCUAUGAGACCAGCCUGGUAUUUUUGAUUCAAGAGUCUCAAUAUUAUACUUACCUGGGUGCCAUUAAAAACAGCCUAAAGGAGAAUUUCAUUUUCACGAACACCAUUAAAUCAUGGAAUACUGCAAAAGCAACUUGUCAUAUGACAAGUAGAUAAUCAUUCUGUGCUCCGAUUGUUAGCAAUCCCUCAUUUCCUCCUUCAUGUACAGACAGUGGUUUUAAGAAUUGGUACAAAGCUGGAAUUACUACAUUGAAUUAUGUGUUUUUGAUGGUUCCCUUAAGUUUUUCCUGCAACUGCAACAAGAAUAUAGUUUACCGGACUCACAAUUUUACAGCUUCCUUCAGCUUCAAAGCUUUAACAAUGAAAUGUAUUACAUUUUACAUUUACAUUUUAGUCAUUUAGCAGACGCUCUUAUCCAGAGCGACUUACAAUUAGUGAGUGCAUACAUCAUUAUCAUACUAUAAGGAGGGAUCUGGUCUUAAUAAGCUGGAAAAAACUCAAACUCCAUACUAUCUCCUUAAAAAAUAAGAAAAUAAGCUACAAAUACUCUAGGCAAGGUCAACACUGAUAGUAGCAAACAUGCAUGGCAGCAAGAUUUUAGGGUGACCAUCGAUAUUUGUGAAUGGGAAGUUAUUCUUACCAAUGCAAAGAAAAUAUGUUGUUCCUAUAAAACUCAAAUAAUAUUUUAUUUGUCACAUUCACAUGUUUAGCAGAUGUUAUUGCGGGUGUAGCGAAAUGCUUGUGCUUCUAGCUCCGACAGUGCAGUAAUAUCUAACAAGUAAUAUCUAACAAUUUCACAACAUGUACCCAAUACACACAAAUCUAAGUAAGGAAGGGAAUUAAGAAUAUAUACAUAUUGACAGAGCGGCAUGGACUAAGAUACAGUAGAAUAUUAUAGAAUACAGUAUAUACAUAUGAGAUGAGUAACGCAAGAUAUGUAAACAUUAUUAAAGUGACUAGUGUUCCAUUUCUUAAAGUGGUCAGUGAUUUCUAGUCUGUCUAUAGGCAGCAGCCUCUAAUGUGCUAGUGAUGGCUAUUUAACAGUCUGAUGGCCUUGAGAUAGAAGCUGUUUUUCAGUCUCUCGGGGACAGCUUUGAUGCACCUCACCUUCUGGAUGAUAGCGGGGUGAACAGGCAGUAGCUCGUGUGGUUGAUGUCCUUGAUUAUCUUUUUGGCCUUCCUGUGACAUCGGGUGCUGUCGGUUUCCUGGAGGGCAGGUUAAAAUUAUACAUAAGUUACAAACUACACCUGUUGUCAGAAGUAAAUAUGACCCUGCAUAUUCUGGGGAAUGUCCCAAAUGUAAGCAGCACAAAUCAAAUCAAAUCAUCAAAUUACAUUUGAUUUGUCACAUGUGCCGAAUACAACAGGUAUAGAGACCUUACAGUGAAAUGCUUACUUACAAGCUCUUAACCAACAAAGCAGUUUUAAGAAGAAAAAAAAGUGUUAAGAAAGUAUUUACUAAAAUAAACUGAAGUAAAAAAUUAGUAAAAAAAGAAAAAGAAAAUAGAAAAAGAAAAAAUAAUUAAAGAGCAACAAUAAAAUAACAAUAACGAGGCUACAGAGGGGGGAAAAAGUAUUUAGUCAGCCACCAAUUGUGCAAGUUCUUCCACUUAAAAAGAUGAGAGAGGCAUGUAAUUUUCAUCAUAGGUACACGUCAACUAUGACAGACAAAAUGAGAAAAAAAAAUCCAGAAAAUCACAUUGUAGGAUUUUUAAUGAAUUUAUUUGCAAAUUAUGGUGGAAAAUAAGUAUUUGGUCAAUAACAAAAGUUUCUCAAUACUUUGUUAUAUACCCUUUGUUGGCAAUGACACAGGUCAAACGUUUUCUGUAAGUCUUCACAAGGUUUUCACACACUGUUGCUGGUAUUUUGGCCCAUUCCUCCAUGCAGAUCUCCUCUAGAGCAGUGAUGUUUUGGGGCUGUCGCUGGGCAACACAGACUUUCAACUCCCUCCAAAGAUUUUCUAUGGGGCUGAGAUCUGGAGACUGGCUAGGCCACUCUAGGACCUUGAAAUGCUUCUUACGAAGCCACUCCUUCGUUGCCCGGGCGGUGUGUUUGGGAUCAUUGUCAUGCUGAAAGACCCAGCCACGUUUCAUCUUCAAUGACCUUGCUGAUGGAAGGAGGUUUUCACUCAAAAUCUCACGAUACAUGGUCCCAUUCAUUCUUUCCUUUACACGGAUCAGUCGUCCUGGUCCCUUUGCAGAAAAACAGCCCCAAAGCAUGAUGUUUCCCUGCCCAUGCUUCACAGUAGGUAUGGUGUUCUUUGGAUGCAACUCAGCAUUCUUUGUCCUCCAAACACGACGAGUUGAGUUUUUACCAAAAAGUUCUAUUUUGGUUUCAUCUGACCAUAUGACAUUCUCCCAAUCCUCUUCUGGAUCAUCCAAAUGCACUCUAGCAAACUUCAGACGGGCCUGGACAUGUACUGGCUUAAGCAGGGGGACACGUCUUGCACUGCAGGAUUUGAGUCCCUGGCGGCGUAGUAUGUUACUGAUGGUAGGCUUUGUUACUUUGGUCCCAGCUCUCUGCAGGUCAUUCACUAGGUCCCCCCGUGUGGUUCUGGGAUUUUUGCUCACCGUUCUUGUGAUCAUUUUGACCCCACGGGGUGAGAUCUUGCGUGGAGCCCCAGAUCGAGGGAGAUUAUCAGUGGUCUCGUAUGUCUUCCAUUUCCUAAUAAUUGCUCCCACAGUUGAUUUCUUCAAACCAAGCUGCUUACCUAUUGCAGAUUCAGUCUUCCCAGCCUGGUGCAGGUCUACAAUUUUGUUUCUGGUGUCCUUUGACAGCUCUUUGGUCUUGGCCAUAGUGGAGUUUGGAGUGUGACUGUUUGAGGUUGUGGACAGGUGUCUUUUAUACUGAUAACAAGUUCAAACAGGUGCCAUUAAUACAGGUAACGAGUGGAGGACAGAGGAGCCUCUUAAAGAAGAAGUUACAGCUCUGUGAGAGCCAGAAAUCUUGCUUGUUUGUAGGUGACCAAAUACUUAUUUUCCACCAUAAUUUGCAAAUAAAUUCAUUAAAAAUCCUACAAUGUGAUUUUCUGGAUUUUCUUUUCUACAUUUGUCUGUCAUAGUUGACGUGUACCUAUGAUGAAAAUUACAGGCCUCUCUCAUCUUUUUAAGUGGGAGAACUUGCACAAAUGGUGGCUGACUAAAUAAUUUUUUUCCCCACUUCAAUAAUGGUUAGAUGACAUGAAACCCAAAAAUGUGUGAUGGCUCAGAAACCUGUUGUGGUUGUUUCAUCUGGAAAGACUGACUAAUGUCCUCCAGGGGAAACCUGACAAAUGUUUUCAUAUCUGUAAUUCAGUCUAUAGGAGAUGAGUGUGCAAAUGUACUGUUGAAGGGGAUAACCCACCAAGCAUUUGGAUGUUGCUCUAAUAAUUUGUUUGGGAGGGGAAUAGAGAGAGCGUUGGGAAAGGGAUGUACAUAUUUAUCAUGGAAGAACAAUUGUCAAAGAGUUAUGUAGAAUGCAGUGACAUUUUUAAAUGUAUUCACCUAUUCGAUCUUGUUUUAUUCUUGGAAGACAUGGACAUCGCUGUAUAUACAGUCGUGGUCAAAAGUUUUGAGAAUGACACAAGUAUUGGUCUUCACAAAGUUCGCUGCUCUCCUUGAAGUUCUUGAUGAUCCGAUAAAUGGAUGAUUUAGGUGCAAUCUUACUAGCAGCAAUAUCCUUGCCUGUGAAGCCCUUUUUAAGCAAAGCAAUGAUGACGGCACGUGUUUCCUUGCAGUUAACCAUGGUUAACAGAGGAAGAACAAUGAUUUCAAGUACCACCCUCCUUUUAAAGCUUCCAGUCUGUUAUUCUAACUCAAUCAGCAUGACAGAGUGAUCUCCAGUUUUGUCCUCGUCAACACUCUCACCUGUGUUAACGAGAGAAUCACUGACAUGAUGGCAGCUGGUCCUUUUGUGGCAGGGCUGAAAUGCAGUGGAAAUGUUUUUUAGGGAUUAAGUUAAUUUUCAUGGCAAAGAGGGACUUCAUGACAUUCUGUAGUAUCACUCUUCAUGACAUUCUGGAGUAUAUGCAAAUUGCCAUCAUCAAAGCUGAGGCAGCAGACUUUGUGAAAAUUAGUAUUUGUUUCAUUCUCAAAACUUUUGACCAUGACUGAACAAAAAUAUAAACGCAACAUGUAAAGUGUUGGUCCCAUGUUUCAUGAGCUAAAAUAAAAGAUCCCAGAAAUAUUUAAUACGCACAAAAAGCUUAUAUCGCUCAAAUUUUGUGCACACAUUUGUUUACAUCCCUGUUAGUGAGCAUUUCUCCUUUGCCAAAAAAUCCAUCCACCUGGCAGGUGUGGCAUAUCAAUACGCUGAUUAAACAGCAUGAUCAUUACACUGGUGCACCUUGUGCUGGGGACAAUAAAAGGCCAUUCUAAAAUGUGCAGUUUUGCCACACAACACAAUGCCACAGAUGUAUUAAGUUUUGAGGGAGUGUGCAAUUGGCAUGCUGACUGCAGGAACACCCACUAGAGCUGUUGCCAGAGAAUUGAAUGAUCAUUUCUCUACCAUAAGCUGCCUCCAACGUCGUUUUAGAGAAUUCUUCCAUGACCUGCAUACUCACCAGACAUGUCACCCAUUGAGCAUGUUUGGGAUGCUCUGGAUUGACAUGUAUGACAGCGUGUUCCAGUUCCCGCCAAUGUCCAGCAACUUCGCACAGCCAUUGAAGAGGAGUGGGACAACAUUCCACAGGCCCCAAUCAACAGCCUGAUCAACUCUAAGCAAAGGAGAUGUGUCACGCUGCAUGCGGCAAAUGGUAGACACACCAGAUACAGACUGGUUGUUCUGAUCCACACCCCUACCUUAUUUUUUAAGUUAUCUGUGACCACCAAAUGCAUAUCUGUAUUCCCAGUCAUGUGAAAUCCAUAGAUUAGGGCCUAAUGAAUUUAUUUCAAUUUACUGAUUUCCUUAUAUGAACUUUAACUCAGUAAAAUCUUUGAAAUUGUUGCAUGUUGCAUUUACAUGUUGCAUUUACAUUAUUGUUCAGUAUAUAUUUUUAAUAUACUGUAUACUCAUGUUAUAGAUAUAUUCAUGUUAUUAUUUAAAAUGUUCCAUACAGACAAAACCAACAAUAACACACACACUACAUAUAUAUAUAUAUAUAUAUAUAUAUAUAUAUAUAUAUAUAUAUAUAUAUAUAUAUAUAUAUAUAUAUAUGUAGUGUGUGUGUUAUUGUUGGUUUUGUCUGUAUGGAACAUUUUAAAUAAUAACAUGAAUAUAUCUAUAACAUGAGUAUACAGUAUAUUAAAAAUAUAUACUGAACAAUAAUGUAAAUGCAACAUGUAAAUGCAACAUGCAACAAUUUCAAAGAUUUUACUGAGUUAAAGUUCAUAUAAGGAAAUCAGUAAAUUGAAAUAAAUUCAUUAGGCCCUAAUCUAUGGAUUUCACAUGACUGGGAAUACAGAUAUGCAUUUGGUGGUCACAGAUAACUUAAAAAAUAAGGUAGGGGUGUGGAUCAGAACAACCAGUCUGUAUCUGGUGUGUCUACCAUUUGCCGCAUGCAGCGUGACACAUCUCCUUUGCUUAGAGUUGAUCAGGCUGUUGAUUGGGGCCUGUGGAAUGUUGUCCCACUCCUCUUCAAUGGCUGUGCGAAGUUGCUGGACAUUGGCGGGAACUGGAACACGCUGUCAUACAUGUCAAUCCAGAGCAUCCCAAACAUGCUCAAUGGGUGACAUGUCUGGUGAGUAUGCAGGUCAUGGAAGAAUUCUCUAAAACGACGUUGGAGGCAGCUUAUGGUAGAGAAAUGAUCAUUCAAUUCUCUGGCAACAGCUCUAGUGGGUGUUCCUGCAGUCAGCAUGCCAAUUGCCAUCAGUACCCCUAUGCGCUGAGUGGUCCAGCCCCAGCCUCCACCUUCGACCCAGCCCUCAACUCAGCUCCUCUCCCCUGCAGAGGCUACGACCAGCCCAUUCUCCCGCACUCAGGCCUGUACCACAACCCAGAUCUGCCACACAAUCCUGGCCUACUUCUAAACCCCAUCCCACCCCAGUAUCCAGGUCCAACUCGGACCGUGGGGUACCAGAACCCAGAGGGACCCCAUCGCUCAGGCUUGGCCAGGCUGUAUGGAGGACAGGAGGGCAGUGUGUCCGUGAUGAGCACUCCACUUCUGGAGGAGUGGAGUGCCCAGGAGCGCCCCAUACGGGUCAUAUCCGUGUGA